CCAACUGAAUCAAAAUCCAGAGAGAGAAAGAAUGAAAUUAUUGUGUCUGUACAGUUCAGUCUCUCCAGUUCUUCCACUUCCGGCAACCGGUUUAGAUUUCAACGGCCAAAUUUUCUCUAAAUUUACGGUAAGAUCCCCAGGUCGUCGUUUCUCUUCCCGACUGACAGUUAAUUCCAGAGGUAGAACCGGAGAAGAACCUCUUCCUCCGAUUCUCUCCAGUUCCUCCGCUUACGCCGUCCUCGGCGUUGAUCCUAACUGCUCUGCCGCCGAGCUCAAAGCUGCUUUCCGCGCCAAAGUUAAGCAGUAUCAUCCUGAUGUCAACAAAGAUGGAGGAGAUUCUGAUACUAUGAUCCGCCGUGUAAUCCAGGCCUAUGAGAUGUUAUGUGAUUACAGUCGAUCCGAGAUCAUUGAGAGGGAAUGCUUAGAUCCCUUCGACAGCCCCGAAAGUGAAGCAUUUGAUGUUUUUGUUAACGAAGUUCUCUGCGUUGGCAAAGGUUGCCCAUAUUCAUGUGUAAAGAGAGCCCCUCAUGCAUUCUCAUACGAUCCUUCGACUGGAACAGCACGUGCAACUUCUCAAGGACAUGGUGAAGAUUAUCGAGUUCAGCUUGCAGUUGGUCAGUGUCCGAGAAAUUGCAUCCAUUUUGUGACACCUUCACAAAGAAUCAUUCUGGAGGAGUUACUUGAUAGCAUCCUGAACGUGCCUUUCGACAUUUCAGCAGAAGCAGACUUGCUUUAUUCUCUUAUAGUUAAAGCCAAGUUCGAAAAUAAUAGGUACCAAAAGCCGAAGAAGCAACCGAAAACUUCCACCAAAAAUGUUGAUUGGUUUUGAUCCAUGAGUGGUUCGAAGUAAUCUUCGAUCCUCCAAAGCUGCAUUUAGCUAAUGUUUCAGCUCGCACCGAAGAAUGUAAUAUAUGUGCACAUGCCAACAGCUGUUUCGUAUGCAAUUCUUUGGAGAGAGGUGGCUGACAGAAGACUACAGUGAUAACUGACAACAGACUUGCAUUGACAAUGCUAAAACCUUGGAUGUUCUGUUGGUUUCUGGAGAAGAAAAUACCACAGCUGAGGAACUGGAAGACUAAUUUUCCUUGUUAUGUAUAUUUGUAGAAACUGGUUUUAUAGUCAUGCAUGUGAUUCCACUGAAAUUUUUAACCCUUUUUCUCUCUAUCUAUAGACACUUUAAUUA